UCAAAGAGAGUGUCGCCGCUCGCUCCUGCCUCCGUCCAUCUCUUCCGUCCAUCUUUCUUAUCCCUCGGGACCACCUUCGCUUUACUAACCCGACAGCUUAAUUCCUGGUUUCUUCAAACCUCACACUCGCUUGCCGAAACCGCGCCAUCCCGUCUCAGGGGAACACACACGACGGAUAUUUCACGCGUGCACCCUUUGCCUCGCCGCACUGCACCCGGGACCCCUACACCUGCCGUUUCACCCAGCCAAGGCCAAAAGAGCGACCCACGACGAGUGAGAGAGACGUCGUGAUACCAUCGUCUUGAUCGCGCCGCGACUCCACUUGCCGACGAUAAAGUGCUUACACGACAUCGAAGAUCCCGCAAACGGUCCGAAGCCAUGGUACGAAGUCUACUGUCCGCCGCCUUUGCGGCCACGAUAUUCGCAGGCACAGCGCUCGCAGGAGCAAAAUGCACAAAAGAUAGCCACUGCCCUCAGGACACUCCCUGCUGCUCUCUAUACGGCGACUGCGGUGUCGGCGCUUUCUGCCUCGGUGGCUGCGACCCCCUCAUGUCACACUCGUUCGACUCGUGCGUCCCCGGCCCUGUAUGCAAAUCUGGAACAUAUUCGCUAGACAGCCUGGACGAUGUGCAGACCAUCGACAAGUACCUGGGAGAUGCAUCCAAGAUCAACUGGCAGUCGCAGGGCAUGCCCACCAUCUACACAGACCCCAAGACCAAGGAGAAAUCCACCCUCUUGACCAUGGCACAAGGCACAGUCGGAACACUUCUGGCCUCUACCUACUACGUUUGGUACGGCAAGAUCUGCUCCAAGCUGAGCACAGCGCAGGGCAAGGGUGUUGUCACCGCUUUCAUUCUCAUGUCGGAUGUCAAGGACGAGAUUGAUUUCGAGUGGGUUGGUGUAGACACAGGCCACGUGCAGUCCAACUACUACUCGCAAGGUGUCACAGUGUACACCAACGGCGAAAACCUUACUGUACCUGACUCCAACACUGUUGAAUCCAUGCACGAAUACUGCGUUGACUGGAAGGAAGACACCCUUACAUGGACUAUCAACGGCAAAACUCAGCGCACCCUGGAGCGCGAGUCGACAUGGAACAAGACAUCUGGUCGCUACUCCUACCCUCAGACACCUGCCCGCGUCAUGCUCUCCCUCUGGCCCGCCGGUCUACCCACCAAUGAAAAGGGAACAAUCGAUUGGGCAGGAGGUGAGAUUGACUGGAACUCGCCCUACAUGACCAACGGAUACUACGCCGCCCGCUUCUCAGAAGUCACAGUCGAGUGCUACGACCCACCAGAGGGAGCCCAGAUCAAGGGCAAGAAGACGUACAAGUACACAGACGAAGCUGGCACCAACAACACCGUCGCCAUCACCGACGAUGUAGUCGUCCUGGGCUCGCUCAUGGGCACAGGCGAGAACCCGGGUGAAGCCAAGGACAACGACGACUCAAAGGCUUCCGAUGUUGCCAUGGUACCUGGUGGUAACCCUGGAGGCGGUGCCGGUCGAGAAGUCGAGCAGACCAGCACCGCUGCGAACCCGAACUCUCCCGCUGCCGAAACCGGUUCUUCUAGUGGUGCUACCGCUGAAGGCCAGUUCAUUCAGGGUGGCUCCAGUAUGGGUGCUGGAUCCGUUGUCCAGCCUGGUCUGAGCCGUAUGGGUGGCUCCGUCUUUGCCAUUGUUGUCGCUAUCGUCGGACUCAUGGCGUUAUAGACGCAUGUCCUUUCCCGCUGCAUCACGCCUUUUUCAUGUCUGUCAGUCUUUGCGGUUUUUGGAGUUCGAUACCUUGCCUUGCAAUUUUUGUGUACUGGGGAAAAUGGGGGCCUCGUUGUCAUGUU